GGUUCAGAAGCGGCUUUUCAAAAUGUUGCAGUACUCUGGUUUUGAGCACCAGAAAAUUAAAAGUUUGGUUGCUAAACGUUACCAAACCAACUGUAUGCAUAUCAAAUUGAUCAUCAAUGGUCUUUGGUGAUGUUUUACCGUUACCUCCAUGUACAGAACCAUAUGCAUUCCAGGUGGCUGGUCAUUCCAGAGAGAAUUCACAUAAAUUUGAAAUCCUCAAAGAUCAGGCCAGAGCACUUAUCUACAAGUCAUUUCAAGAUUGUUCAAGAGGUAUGCGUGAGGUGAUAUUCUAUGAACGUGUUUUUUCACCGGAUGCAUCAGAAGCAUUUAAACUAUUACGUCAAUUCAUUCCAAUGUAUCAUGGAAUAUUUCAGUGUCCAUCGACUAAAGCCUACUAUGUAGGUCUCUCCGAUCUAGUAGCCAGUUUUAAACAACCUAAUGUAUGCGAUUUCAAAAUGGGUACAAUCACAUAUCUGCCUGGUUCCUCUGAAGAUAAGAUAUCCAGAGAGAAGUUUAAAUAUGCAUGGCGUCGUAAACUUGGCUUCCUGCUGUCUGGUAUGCAAGUUUACGAUCCAAGAACUCAUUGUAUGAUCAAGUUACCCAAGGCAUUUGGACGUAAUUUAAAUCCAGAACAAGUUUAUUCCGUUGGUUUGAAAACAUUUCUUGGCCCAGAUCCUGUGUAUCGUGUAGAACUUGCACACAAGUAUCUUAUCCAACUUGGUCGUAUAUUACACUGGUAUAAAGAAUAUGGUGCAAAACGACUAACGUUUUGUCGUUCCUCCCUACUGUUCAUUCAUGAAUCCGUACCAACAGGAUGUGAAGAAUUCCCACCGUCGAACAACACCUCCACAACCACCACCACCACUACGACUAACGCUACUACUACUACUACUAACGGCCUACGAGUAGUAUCGACAAAGUUAAUAGAAAAAUCAAAUCGUAUGAAUAAUUCCCAGUUGAUCCCGUCUACCACUAAUGCUAUUCCUACUAAUAUUGCUAACAGCAAUUGUAUUAAUGGUUCCAAUACACGUGCUCAGGUGUAUUUAAUUGAUUUUGCCCAUUGGGAAGAGAAAAAUCCUCAUCCCUCGACGAGUAAAACUCAUAUCAAUGACAAUGACAAUAAUGCUGCCGACGAGGACGAGGGGGAGGACGCGGAGGACGAUAGUAGUUAUUAUAUAACUUAUGAAUUAACUGAAGGCUUUCGUUAUGGACUAGAAACUCUCAUCAGCUUGAUGCAGCGUGUUGUAAAUAAUGGAGAGAAUUAAUACAUUGGUCACCAUGACUUUUAACCUUUUUGUAUUGUUAUUGUAGAUUAUUCUGCAUAUCUCCACAAUAUCACUACUGAGCAGUACUCAUCUUGUCUGGUUAUUGUCUCAUUUUUAUUCUUCUGCGUUCCAAAUGUGGAACAUAGAGAAGUGAAGGUCUCAAGCCUCUUGAGGCCUGAAAGUCUCAUUAGCUGUGUGAUAUUAUCAGUUUCGCUAGCCUGGGAUUCGAACCCCAGACCACACGCUUAUGAGGCAAGCAUUCUAUAC